CCCCCGCAGAGCGACCCGCACUGAGGCUCUGUGGGACAGCUCUGCACAGGGACACAUCACGGACCGUCCUCACUGUUUGACGGACUGAGGGACUGACCUGUGGGGAAAGGAAACUAUAGACCAGGUCUGCAAAAACUCAGCAGCACAGAGAAUUAUGAUGAUUAAGCCAUACAUGAGACGAGGUGAGGAAGAGGAGGCCGGCAGCCCCCUGCAGUGGAUGGAUGGUGACAUGAGCUCUCCUGAUGGAGAUGCAUCCAUCUCAUCAAACCGCUACAGAGGCAGCGCAGUGAACCAGCAGCCCAGGGAGAUUGGGAGCGAGGAUGCAGAGGAAGAUGAGGAGGAUGAAGAGGAAGGGCAGGAGGAUGAAAACGGAUCCAAACGACGAGGCCCCAAGAAAAAGCGAAUGACCAAGGCCAGGCAAGAGCGUUUCCGUGCACGGCGUGUAAAGGCCAAUGCCAGGGAGCGUUCACGUAUGCACGGCCUGAAUGAUGCUCUGGAAAACCUGCGCAGCAUCAUGCCCUGUCACUCCAAGACCCAGAAACUGUCCAAGAUUGAGACUCUACGGCUCGCCCGCAACUAUAUCUGUGCUCUGUCUGAGGCUCUGGAGGGGGGGCUUUCGACAGAGAGCCGGGGGUUCAUGGAGACACUGUGUAAGGGUCUGUCACAGCCCACUACCAACCUGGUGGCUGGCUGCUUGCAGCUGGGUCCCUCUCCUGCACAGGGAAAGCCUGAGGACAGACAUGGAGUUCAUGUUCCACCUACUCCUCUGGGGGGUGUGAGCUACUCCUCUCCAGGUCUGCCAAGUCCCCCUUAUGGCACUUUUGACUCUGCUCACCUACUUCACCUGCGAGCAAUGAAAGGAGGACUGUACGACAACCAUUCCCCAAGUGAGUAUAACACUGGCGGUGUGGGGACCCCUCCAUAUGACGGACCCCCUACUCCCCCUCUGAGCAUCAGCAGUAACCUGGUGCCCAAACAGGAGCCUUCACCUCACUACCUACCCCCACACCACUACUCCCCCUCCUCUGUGGACCAGAACCAGGGCCUGUAUCAGACUCACUCUGGAUAUGACCCACACCCAGAGGGGCCAUACAACUCCUACCACCCCCCUCACAUGCCGCCACGACAGAUAACCUCCAUCUACAGAGACUAACAUGGACCAGGAGUUGUUACUGAAUCAGCCAUCAAUACAACCCGGCUGCUCGUCUCUGUCCAUUGAUCCUUCUUUAACACUGACUGACACUAAUGUCUGAUUCUUGGACUUAAACACUGAAGGAUUGAUCUGUCUCUCAGCCUGCGACAAGAACAACUCUGUAAAUUAACAAAUGUUUGAUUACAUGUGUGGUGCACUUGCACAGUAGACUAGCACUGUUAAAAUUAGAAAACACUUGACCAAAACCAAUGCAUUUUAU